CGAUUACAGAAACGUUUCAUGACCGACUUGCACAAGUUUUAAAUCGAAAUGCAGAUCCGUUUGGUUUUGUUAUUUGCUAUAGGCUUCAAUACAAUAAGUAAUAGUUUCGAACUAUCAUCUGACCAAUCUGAAAAUUUAAAUACAAGCUCAACACCUUCACAAUCAAUCGCUAAUUACUAUGAGAGGGAGAUGGAAAACCAACUUUUUAACAGUAAAAAAAACUCCAUUAGUGACACGUGGAUAGGUAAUAUUAUUGCUACGCAAAUGGACGGAUUCGUACCGUUUUCUUAUGAUAAUCCAAAAUGUACUGAGGAUGGAAAAAUUUACAAGGAACACUUAAUCAAACAAGACUCGUGGGCCGUUCAAAUGUAUGAUUCCUCAGCUAAAUAUCCAGGAGGCCUUUUGUCUGGAAUUACAUACGAAAUGGGAUAUUAUGAUCAGUGUCUGAGAGCGCAUUCAAAAGAGUUAAAUAUAUACAGUGCGUAUGUUUUACCAAACGUUCAGUUUCAAAUUACUGAAGAAAAUGACAAUAUGCCUAAAGUAAGAAAUAACGUCACAUCAGCUUGGAGAUAUGUGAAAACCGAAGGUAAUUAUUCGAAUUAUACUCAAAUAAUUGACAACAUAAAUUGGGCAUUAUGUAUCCCGGACUCUUGUAACGCCAAAGACGUUCAGAUAUCAAUGGAAGAAUUAUUGACACCUAUAUUUAAACACUCUAAUUUAACAAUCAGAGUUUCUGUUAAUCCAGCUCUAUACACAUCAAAAAGAACGUCUGACGCAAAACAUACUGAUGGAUACCUCAUUUUCUUUUGCAUGGUUCUAGUGCUGAUCUUAACGUUAAAUAUAGUUGGGACUUUGUACGAAAUGAACAUUAUAGGUGAUCAACAUGUUCAUUGGUCUAUUUUAAAAAAUAUUUUACUGGCCUUUUCUAUCAGAAAAAGCACAACAAUUGUAUUUAAUACACAAAGAAAAAAUGAGUUGUCUGUAGCUGAUGGUUUAAAAUCUUUUUUAGCGAUCUGUGUAGUUAUGGCACAUAGAAUAUAUCAUAGUACAUUUGUUUCUGCAACAGACAGCCCUUAUUUUAUGGAAAACUUAAUGAGUAGUCCCUGGUUGAAUGCACCCGUUGGUGUGGAACUAUUUUUUGUAAUUUCAGGCUUUAUGAUGUACAUUUCUAUAAUUAAUCGAUUAAAUAAAGAAAAAAAACUUAACUUUUUCUAUCUAAUCUUUUAUAGAAUGACAAGACUUCUACCAGCAUACACAAUAGUUUUUUUGCUAUACAUGUGUGUUCUUCCUCACAUAGGAGAUGGUCCAUUAUGGAAAUUAUAUGGAAUUCCGCAAUCAGAAUUUUGUCGUAUAAAUGUGUGGAAAAAGUUUUUAUUUAUUGAUAUUUACGUUGAUGGUUCUGAAAAAAUGUGUAUACCUAUUACCUGGUAUGUAACAUGUGAAGUACAUUUUUAUGCAAUCGGAAUUAUUCUUACGUAUGCAAUAUGGAAAUGGAAAAAUAUUGGCCUAUGGAUUUUAGGCAUAGUAUUUGCAUUAUCUGUUUACAUGCCAGCAAGGACGAUUUAUACGAAUAAUUUAACGACUGUUAUAACAACGAACGUAAUAAGGGGUUUACGAUCAAACCCAUUCUUCUUAUUUGUAUAUAUGAAGAGUCACCAGAGAAUUACAACAUACCUGAUCGGAAUGGCAGCGGCACACAUAUAUACAAAACUAAAACAAGACAAUUACAAAAUAUCCGCUCGAAACAAGACAAUCGGUUCUAUCAGUUCUUUUAUAAUGUAUAUGUUAAGUCAAUGUUCAUCGGCUUACUUAUUAUUACCUGGAAUAGAAUAUAACUCGUGGCACCACGUACUACACUUUACUCUGCAAAGGAUCGUUGCUGCUAUUUUUGAUAACCAGUUUAGGUUAUUUAUUUUUGAAGUUAUUGAAGUUACAAGUUACUAA